AUGUUAUUAUUGGCAGUGAUUGUCUCGACACCAUUUCUGGUCACGACUGACCGCUGGAAAAUUGCUGUGACUGUACCAGCGGUGGCGCAUAUCGUGUCCAUUACCAGAACCGUGGGUUGGCUGCGGCUGUGGACCAGAUUGAUCGGUCGUUUCGAUGGCAGUGACCGGUGUUUCGCCGUUCAGAUCAGUCACAUCCGUAUCAAUGAUAACGAAGCCAUAAGUUGGCAAUUGUUGUCCCAAUUGAUGGAUCCAUUGGGAAGAGAGCACAGAAUAGGCGUGCUUUUGUGUUGCAAAAACUUUUCAAAACUUCAAUUCAAUGGUAAGCGGUGUCUGCGAUAUUAUUGGCCCAAAAAAGUGGACACAAUGUCGACAACGAAGAGGUCGUCGUCAACCGAUUCGAGUAAUUCGAGUUCAAGUAAUCCGUCGACACAUUCAUCGAGUGUACCGCCGAAGAAGCGGCAGAGAGUGGUCGCCGAACAGCCGAGACUUGUGGUUGCGUCCGGCGAAGAGCUUGACAUUGGCGUCUUGAGGUAUCAAAACAAACGAUUAGCCGAACGAUUACAACAGAGACAACGACUGGAAGCGGAUCUAAAGUCACGGAUUGAACAGUUGGAGAAGAAGCAGACCAGCGAUGAAGUGAUCACUUAUGUUAUCAAUAGGUAUUGGAAUCAAUUGAACGAAGAUUUGAGGGUUUUGUUGCUUCGCUUCGACGCCGAGACCAGCGAUGAGACGGAGAAUAAGAAUGAAAACGAAGAGACGACCAGUUUUUUGAGACAACUUUCCAAUUGGGAUAAAGAAGAGAUGGACGAGAAUCUGAAACAACGCGUUCAGGUGUCCACUCGAGCCGUCGCCAAAGUAUUGCAAGCGUUUGACCGAAUCGUUCAAAGAAAUGCCAAAAUAAUGUUAGCCCUCAAAGGCGAUGACAGCGACGGACCGCCGCCUGAUUUGAACGAAUCCGUCAAAAAGGCAAACAUUGAACUGACGAAUGAGAAUAAGAGUCUCAACUGUUUGGUGACUUCUUUGCACGAAAGGCACCACACAAUGGGUUUGGAGUUAACGGAAAUGAGGGAUAAGUUGGAAAUGAGUGAACAACAGAUCGACGAUCUCAAGAACCGAAUCGACGAAAUCGAGUUCGAACUCAACAGAACUCGAAUCAAGGAACAACGACUGGAAGACCAUCUCUAUGAGGCGCGUGAAAAGUUGCGAGAUCUGCAAAAUUGCACACAAAACUCGACCACUAAUAACGGUGACGACCAGAAGCAGGUGGUGUCGGCCUCGGCUCCCACUGAAGCCGUCAGUAAUUCAAAGUUAGAGGAUCUCAAGAGAGAUCUCGAAGAACAGCGAGAUUUGGCCAACACUAGGCUCACAGAACUGGAACUUCUCAACAAAGAUCAUAAAGAAACAUUAAAAUUGGUGGAAAAGUACAAAAUGGAUUUGCAAUGCAUUCCGGAGUCAGUAAUACUAGAAACGGCUGAAUACAAGUGUCUUCAGUCACACUUCUCGGUCUUGUAUAACGAAUCGAUGCAAUUGAAGACACAGAUAGAGGAGAGCCGAACGCAACUGACAAACGCUAAGAACACACAUCUGAGACAAAUAGAGCACAUGGAGAGCGAAGAGUUGAUUAUGCAAAAGAGACUCAGGACUGAGUUAAUGCAAUCGGAGGACUCGUUGUCCCAAAUGCGCAAAGAGUACGAAAUGUUGCGCUUAGAGUUUGAACAGAAUCUGGCGGCCAAUGAACAGACGGGUCCCAUAAACCGCGAAAUGCGGCAUUUGAUCACAAGUCUUCAGAACCAUAACCAACAGCUCAAAGGGGAGAACUCGAGGCUUAAGAAGAAGUUGAAAGAUUCGAGUUAUGAGAUAUCGAAACUCAAACACUCUUUGGAUUUUAAUUUAACCAAAGAAGAGAAGCCGAAGGAUAAAGACUCGAAUUCUCUGUCGAAUACGGAUAUUAAAACUGAAACAAAACCAGUGGUUGGAAGCGAUUCACUGAAUGCUGUCGUCAAAGAGGAGCCUAUAGUUAAAGAAGAGAUAGAAGUGUUGGAAAUUAAGAAAGAAAAGUCGACGCCGACCCCAUCGACAUCGCAUCCAUCGGGUAUUCACCAGAACCCACAUCACGCUUCUCACCACAAACACCAUCACAGCCAACAUGUGGUCAAAAAAGAGCAACAAAUAGAUUCCGACCAAUCGUUGAACGAAUCUUUAGGCGACGCAAAGACCGAACGCAAGUCUGAGAGUGAUUUGUAUCGCGAGAAUAGAGAACUCAAGGUUCAGCUGAAGAACGCAUUGCAAGCGCAGAGAGAACUGAAGCUAUUGUUAGAUAUGUUUAAAUCAGUCGAUAAAGAGAAAAGAGAUAAGUCACAACUGAUGGCCAACGAGAAGAGGGCGAAGAUAGAGAUCGAAGAGAUGAGACAACAGUUGAAGAGAAUACAAGAAACAGAGCGAAGAGAUCGGCGAAAACUGGUGGACGAAGACGUUGUCCGCAAACUAAACAAAUACGAAGAAAUGGUACAACAGAUGCAGAAAAGUCUGGCCGCACAGAAACAGGAAGAGGAGGCGCUUCUCAAUGAGAUGGAAGUGACGGGUCAGGCCUUUGAGGACAUGCAGGAGCAGAACCUCCGACUCAUUCAACAACUGCGCGAGAAAGACGACGCGAACUUCAAGUUAAUGUCCGAACGAAUCAAAUCCAAUCAGAUUCACAAACUCUUGAAAGAGGAGAAAGAGCUGCUCACAGAGCAAGUGCUCGCACUUACGGCUCAGGUCGAGGCGCAGAACCAAGUGGUGAGAAAACUCGAGGAUAAGGAAAGACUGCUUCAGAAUAAUUUAUCGACAAUUGAGAAGGAGUUGAGUCUUAGACAACAGGCAAUGGAAAUGCAUAAAAGGAAAGCCAUUGAAAGCACACAAUCGGCGGCCGAUCUAAAGCUGCAUUUAGAGAAAUAUUUGGCUCAAGUAAAGGAGGCGCAGAGCACUGUCGCCGAGAAGACGAGCGCGUGGCAGCACGAGUUCUUCAAAACGCAACGCCUCCACGAAGAGGUCCAGCUCUACAAACGCAAGUAUGAGAGGGCGAAGAAGUUCGAGUUGGCCACCACUGCCGAUGAAGUCCUACAGGAGGAGAUCCGUGAGUUAAAGGAGGAGUUGACGUGUCCGUCCUGUAAGACCAAACGCAAGGACGCAGUGCUUAACAAAUGCUUUCACGUCUUUUGUUACGAUUGUCUCAAAACGCGUUACGAAACGCGUCAACGAAAGUGUCCGAAAUGAGCCGCCGGUCAGAUCGGCUACAGUUUGAUCCCAUUGGUGGCCAGCGGUCAGGUGUUUGGGCCGACACAGCCGGUGAUACUUCAUCUGUUGGACAUCGCGCCGAUGAUCGGUGUCCUCAACGGUGUGGUGAUGGAGAUCAAUGACUGCGCGUAUCCGUUGCUGCACUCGAUUGUGGCCACCGUUGAUGAGGCCGAGGCUUUCAAAGACAUUGAGGCGGCGUUUCUGGUCGGGUCGAUGCCGAGGCGCGAGGGGAUGGAGCGAAAGGACCUGUUGGCCGCCAACGUCAAGAUCUUCGCGAGUCAGGGCCGAGCGCUGGCCAAUCACGCGAACCCCAACGUGAAGGUGUUAGUGGUGGGCAAUCCGGCCAACACUAACGCGUUGAUCGCAUCCAAGUUCGCGGCGCCGAAGAUUCCCAUCACUAGCUUCACGGCGAUGACCCGUUUGGACCAAAACCGCGCCACCAAUCAGUUCGCCGCCAAACACGGCGUCGGCGCCAAAGAGGUCUCCCGAGUGAUCAUUUGGGGCAACCAUUCGUCCACUCAGUUCCCAGACGUGAGCAACGCUUUAGUUCGCGGCCAAAGCGUGACAUUUGACGGACACGACGACGCCUUCAUUCAGCUGAUCCAGAAGAGAGGCGCCGCUGUGAUCGCCGCCCGAAAGCUCUCGUCGGCUAUGUCUGCGGCGAAGGCGGCGGCCGAUCACAUGCAUGACUGGUGGAACGGCACCAGCGAAUGGGUGUCGAUGGGUGUGAUCAGCGACGGCACCAAAUAUAACGCACCCGAAGGCGUGAUCUACAGUUUUCCGGUCACUGUUGACGCGCAGACCAAACAGUGGAAGAUUGUGGACAGCGUUCCGCUCGACGACAUCGCCAAACAACGACUCAAACUGACCGGCGAUGAGUUGGUUGAAGAGAGGACUGAGGCGUUGGCCGCCACUAGUAAUGCCUGA